CUCUCCCUCGUCUCCACCAUCCUCGCCCACGGCACCCCGCGCCCCGACCGCACCGGCACCGGCACCCUGGCCCUCUUCGCCCCGCCACCCUUCCGCUUCUCCCUCGCCAACAACACCCUCCCCCUCCUCACAACCAAACGCGUCGCCCUCCGCGUCGUGUUUGAGGAACUCAUGUUCUUCAUCCGUGGACUGACCGAUGCGACCGUUUUGAGCGGGAAGGGAGUCAAGAUAUGGGAUGGGAAUGGGAGUCGCGCGGCGCUGGAUGCACGCGGGUUAACGCAUCGACGGGAGGGCGAUCUCGGGCCUGUCUACGGGUUCCAGUGGCGGCAUUUCGGGGCUCGCUAUGUGGACUGCGACACCUCGUACAAAGGACAGGGCGUGGACCAACUGAAAGAGGUCGUCAAGCUGAUCAUGGAACGUCCCACCGACCGCCGGAUCCUGUUCUCGGCUUGGAACCCGACCGCCGUCGGCGAGAUGGCCCUCCCGCCCUGCCACGUCCUCGCCCAGUUCUUUGUCACUUUACCGCCGCCGGAAAACAACAACGGCACCACCACCGACACCCAGCAACAGAAACCCCCCCGCCUAUCCUGCCAGCUCUACCAACGCUCCGCCGACCUCGGCCUCGGCAUCCCCUUCAACAUCGCUUCCUAUGCCCUGCUCACCCACAUGCUCGCCCACGUCACGGGUACACAGGCCCACGAAUUCAUCCACGUCAUGGGCGAUGCCCAUGUCUAUGCGGAUCAUGUGGAGCCGUUGAGCGAGCAGGUUGGGAGGGAGCCGAGACCGUUCCCGACCGUGAGAUUUGGAAAGGACGGGGGUGCGGGGACGGUUGAGGAGGCGGUGCGGAUGUUGGAGGGGUUGGAGUGGGGGGACGUGAGGCUGGAGGGGUAUGACCCGUUGCCGACGAUCAAGAUGAAGAUGUCGGUUUGAAGUUAUGCGUCGCUGUAAGGUAGUUGCGGCGUGUGCGGACAGGAUAGUCUCUUUGUGAGUUCGGUUAGGUUGUGCUAGGUAGACGCUUUCUGGUUAUUUUGAUCGUACGCGAUUUUGAUCGUACGCGAUUUUCGCAAGCCGUGUUCUAGUGUACAAAAUGUCAUAUCGUGGGAAAAUCCUUUUUGUCCUCUACGGGUGGUGAACAACGUCCCAAAGC